AAACCCUUAAAAUUUGCACACUAUCAUCUUUCUCUCUCACUUCCGCUGAAAAGCUCUGCAAAUCAAUUCACGCGAUAAACACAAUCUCUCUCUAGAGGCUGGAGUAUAAUCUGGUCUCUAUUCACUCUCUCUCUAGGAAUCAUGGCGAUUGAUACAGUGCCCAUGGAGGAUAUAAUAGCAAGAGCUUCACGGCUGGGAAUCAAUUUGAAUGAUGUCAAGAUGGAUUCGAUUCAUCUGCCUCCAGGUCAAGAUUUUGGGAUCUUGAGUGAUGAUGAGGAUUUAAAUGAAGAGGAUUCAUUGGAAUUUGAGGGGGGAUUUGGUAAUAUUAUUGUUGUGGAUAAUUUGCCUGUUGUGCCAAAAGAGAAGUUCGAGAAAUUGGAAGGCGUUGUGAAGAAAAUUUAUAGUCAAAUUGGAGUGAUUAAAGAUGAUGGUUUAUGGAUGCCAGUUGAUCCAGCUACUCAAAAAACACUUGGUUAUUGCUUCAUUGAGUAUAAUACUCCUCAGAAGGAAGCUGAACUUGCAAAGGAGAAGACAAAUGGAUACAAGUUAGACAGAGCCCACAUAUUUGCUGUAAACAUGUUCGAUGAAAUUGAGAAGUUCAUGAAAGUUCCAGAUGAAUGGGCCCCUCCAGAAACAAAGCCCUAUACGCCAGGGGAAAAUUUACAGCAUUGGCUUACUGAUGAAAAAGCUAGAGACCAGUUUGUUAUCCGUGCUGGCUCAGACACUGAGGUUCUAUGGAAUGAUGCGAGACAGCUAAAAGCUGAUCCUGUUUACAAGCGCAAUUUCUGGACCGAAAGUUAUGUGCAAUGGUCCCCAUUAGGGACAUACUUGGCCACUGUUCAUAGGCAGGGUGCGGCUGUUUGGGGUGGUGCUUCUACAUUUAAUCGUCUUAUGCGUUAUGCUCACCCACAGGUGAAAUUGAUUGAUUUUUCUCCUGGGGAGAAAUAUUUGGUAACUUACAGCAGUCAUGAACCAAGCAAUCCCCGUGAUAGUCAUAGGGUUGUGCUAAAUAUUUUUGACGUGCGAACUGGAAAGAUAAUGAGAGAUUUUAAAGGAAGUGCAGAUGAUUUUGCAAUUGGAGGAACCGGGGGUUUUGCUGGGGUGUCGUGGCCUGUUUUCCGAUGGAGUGGAGGGAAGGAUGAUAAGUACUUUGCUAGAAUGGGAAAAAAUGUCAUUUCUGUAUAUGAAACUGAUACAUUUACUCUCAUCGACAAAAAAUCAAUCAAGGUUGAAAAUGUGAUGGACUUUAGUUGGUCACCUACAGAUCCAAUAUUUGCUCUCUUUGUUCCUGAACUUGGUGGCGGGAACCAACCUGCAAGGGUUAGUCUUAUCCAAAUCCCCGGCAAAGAAGAAUUGAGACAGAAAAAUCUUUUCAGUGUAAGUGACUGCAAAAUGUACUGGCAAAGUAAUGGGGAUUAUCUAGCUGUCAAGGUGGAUCGAUAUACUAAAACUAAAAAGAGCACUUAUACUGGAUUUGAGCUCUUUAGAAUCAAAGAGCGAGACAUACCUAUUGAGGUUUUGGAGCUCGAGAACAAGAAUGACAAGAUUAUCGCAUUUGCUUGGGAACCAAAGGGACACAGGUUUGCUGUUAUUCAUGGUGAUAAUCCUAGACCUGACAUCAGUUUUUAUUCUAUGCGGAGUGGGACAAAUACAGGUCGAGUGUCAAAGCUAACAACCCUAAAGGGUAAGCAGGCAAAUGCCCUUUUCUGGUCACCUGGAGGACGUUUUAUUAUUUUGGCUGGUUUGAAGGGUUUUAAUGGGCAGUUGGAAUUCUACAAUGUGGAUGACCUUGAAACCAUGGCUACAGCUGAGCAUUUCAUGGCAACAGAUAUAGAGUGGGAUCCCACAGGAAGGUAUGUUGCUACCGCAGUCACUUCAGUUCAUGAAAUGGAAAAUGGUUUCAAUAUAUGGUCUUUCCACGGAAAGCUGCUGUAUAGAAUAAUGAAGGAUCAUUUCUUUCAGUUCUUGUGGCGUCCAAGGCCACCAUCUUUCUUGAGCCCUGAGAAGGAAGAAGAGAUCGCCAAGAACUUGAAGAAGUACAGCAAGAAAUAUGAAGCUGAAGAUCAGGAUGUCUCCUUGCUGCUGAGCGAACAGGAGCGCGAGAAGCGGAAGAAGUUGAAGGAGGAGUGGGAGAUGUGGGUCAGCCAGUGGAAGAAAUGGCAUGAUGAAGAGAAGCUGGAGAGGCAGAGACUGAGAGAUGGGGAAGCCAGUGAUGAAGAAGAGGAGUACGAAGCCAAAGAAGUUGAAGUGGAAGAAGUGUUGGACAUCAAGGAGGAGGUACUUUCCUUGGAUUAUGGGCAGGAGUAAACUGUGAUUCAGUUUUUUUACCGUUUUGGAAGAGUUUUAAUGUAGUUUAGAUUUAUUUCAUCCCUCAUUACAGUAUCAACAUGUUUGUUGUUACCAAAUACUAUUUAAUUGAGAUCUUAUAAUGCUGUCUCCCGAAAAACUAUAUACGUUUUGAUCCCAGCUGCUAUUGCCUAUUCUUUUUUUAUUAAUAAUUAUUCAAAGACUA